GGAAAGAAAGAUAGAAAGGGGAAGGAGGAGGAGAAGUUGUCUGUAGUGCAGAAGAAGCUAAGGUUUUGAAAAUUGUGGUGGUAAGUAAACAGUGUGAGCACGCAACCUUACAAUAACAAUCGAGAGGAGAGAGAGAUCAGAGAAUAUUAUCAGAAUCAGCAACAGUAUCAUCAGGAUGGGGAAGGCCAAAGAAGCGGUGGUGGUUGCUGGAGCCCUAGCAUUUGCGUGGCUCGCCAUAGAGCUCGCUCUCAAACCCUUCCUCUCCAAGGCACGUGACUCCGUCGAUAAGUCCGACCCUGCUCGUGACCCCGACGAAGUUUCCGCUGCCGAUGUUCCUAUACCCACAACCGACGACCUGCCGGAUGUCUCUGCUUCUCAAACGGCGGACGCCUGAACUUUUCCUAUUCAUGUAUUUUCAAUUUCGUCACAUCUCAAAAUUCUCCAAAUCGAAUAACCUCCUUGCUUUCUGUUCAAUUUGUAUAUUGUGUUCUGUCUUGUUGUAGGAUCCAAAAAAUAUCAGGUUCUUUUGUUCCCUUUCCUUUGGGUAUAAACAACGGACAACUGGUAUUUUCGUA